AUGAAGAUUUUACAAGGUCUCGUGCUGGUCUCGGCAGUCCUUGCCCAGGGAAAAGGAGGCAAAGGCAAAAACGCUGGCAAAGGCAAAGGAGGUCGAGGCGGCCGAAAGGGCAAUCGUGGCGGCCGCUCGACCCCUUUGACCUACAAGAAUUGCCAAAGCACACUCAAAGAAGUCAACCAAGUGCCCAAUGGAAAAGUCCUCUGCCGUGGAGACACUUGCCAGCUAAAAUGCAACCGUGAUUAUGACGUUUAUGGUGGAGCGCAGAAGAUCAAAUGCGUGAGAAGAGGCGGCGGAGCAGUUUGGAACAGCAAAGACUUUGGCUCCUGUCAGACCUGCAUGCAGCUGCCGAUCGACCAGGACUCGAUGCAAAUGACCUGUUCCACGACGACCGCUGGAACCAGAAAAUGUAUAAUUUCCUGCAACAACAAACAAGCCCUGAUGCCAAUGAGCAACGAUAAAGUUGUGGCCAUUUGCAAGUGCGACCAUCCAGUAAAGAGCCGCGAAGAAGCCGACGGAUUCUGCCACUGGAGAAUCGGCGCUGGAAUGAAAAAGAUCAUCGACAUCCCAGCCUUCAAAAACGACUACUCGGGCAACUGGUACUGCAAGAACGACCACAAGGAGCAGAGAGAGACGGGGCUGGAAGUUUCCGAUCUGGGCGCCGUUUCGUCCACGGGUAGUACUGAUCGAAUUCCGCAAGACAUGGUUUGCAAGGAAGAUUCAAAAGGCAACUUCCAACAACGGAUCUACGGAGGCAAAGACGUGGUCCCCUACAGCUGGCCCUGGAUCGUCAACAUCGCCUUCGACAACUUCUUGUGCGGCGGAACGAUCGUCGAUGACGAAACGAUCAUUUCCGCAGCGCAUUGCUGCGACGGAUUCCAGCGGAAGCCCGACAAGGUCAAAUGCACCAUUUCCGACCAUUACUUCCACCAGAAAGACCCGCACGAGUAUACUUACACUGCCAAAGAACUAAUCAUCCACCCAGAAUACUCUAGACGACAAAUUAAAAAUGACAUUUGCAUAAUUAAAGUCCCCUUUAUGAAACUAAACCAGAAGCCGCUCGCCGCCCCGGCUUGCCUGCCCCCGCAAGGUGAGCACCCCCCGCCUGGAACAAAGUGCUGGGUCGCAGGCUGGGGACAGACCGAGUCAGGCUCCGUCGCCGAGCAAUUGCAGGAGGUCGAUCUGGACAUCAUGUCGGACCAGCAAUGCGCGAACACGAUGAAUGGACAGUAUUUGGUCAAAGACGCCAUGUUCUGCGCAGGGUCAAAGGGCGGUGGAAAAGAUGCCUGCCAAGGUGAUUCCGGCGGACCGAUGAUCUGUGGCAUUGUCCCGCCAGGAGCGAAGAAGGGACACGCUAGCGAAGAGAUCCGACAGCCAGUACUUGUCGGAGUUACUUCAUGGGGAAUCAAAUGCGGCGCUCCUAAUGCGCCUGGAGUCUGGACGAAAGUCUCGACCUACACCAACUGGAUCCGCGAGCACAUGAUGCAGACAUCCCCAAAUCCUUCCAGAGGCGCUUUCGGAGGAUAA